AUGGCCCAUGAAACGUCUAUAGACUGUGAAACUCCACAGCCAAUUAAUCUGCCAACCAGGAAUGAGGAAUACCAAGCCCAACACACAUCUCGAUGGCUCUAUCACGCCAUCACAUGUAAAAGUAGUGGGAUCAGAAACAAUCCAACACUUCUACUACAUGACGUCAAUGAUAAUGCACCAGUGUUUGAGGAAGACAAGUACAUAGUGAAUGUAUCGGAGGAGAAGCCAGUUAACACCUUGGUGACUCAAGUCAAAGCAUUCGAUGCAAAUGUUUCUUCACACUAUAACACUUUCAAGUACAGUAUUGAGCAAAUUCUGAGACAUAUUUCACUUGAACAGUUGGACUACACUGUGUCAAAACAGUACAAUUUAACAGUGAAAGCCAAGGAUACUUUUGGCAAAAUAGGAGAAACUACUGUAGUAAUUAAGGUGUGGGAAACCCCAGGACUUCAUUUUGAACAUGACCUUCACAAUGCCAUGAUACCUGAGAAUGAGGUUGGCCGAUUUCAAUCGAUUCAUCCAGCCCCAAUAAAGGCCUUUGAUGGGGAUCAAGAGAUCAUUUACAGCAUCAGUAAAGAAUCUCCAGAAGAGUUUUGGGGAAACUUUGCCAUUGAGAAGGAAACUGAAGUUAUCAACGUUAAAAAGGAACUGAAAAGAGAGAAAGCAUCCUUGAUAAACAUGGCCAUAAUGGCUUCACUAAAGAAUGACAGCAUGAAGACAGCAGUUGCCACUGUAAGAGUCCAAGACUACUGCAUGCUACACACUGACACUGCUUUGAUACUUACAUGA